AUGGUUUCCUCAGAGUUUUCCGAUAGGCCCUUGAAGAAGCUCGUUCUUUUCGACGUUGAUGGUACUCUUAGUCCGGCGCGUCAGGCUGUAUCUCCGGCGGUCACCAAAGCCUUGCAGGAUCUCAGGAAAAAAGUAGUUAUCGGAUUUGUUGGAGGCUCAGAUUUCGUAAAGAUUUCCGAGCAGCUCUCUGUAUCUGGUAGCAACGUGGUCGAUGAUUUCGAUUACGCCUUUGCAGAGAAUGGACUCACGGCGUAUAAAUCGGGGAAACUCCUUGCCACUCAAUCCUUCAUCAAGUUCCUCGGCGAAGAAAGAUAUAAAACACUCGUCAAUUUCAUUCUGCACUAUGUUGCAGACUUAGAUAUUCCAAUUAAACGUGGAACCUUUGUAGAGUUCAGAAAUGGCAUGAUCAAUGUCUCUCCCCUCGGGCGUAACGCGACUAUCGCAGAAAGGAACGAAUUUGAGGCAUACGACAAGAAACAGGGCAUUCGAGCGGCGUUCGUGAAGGUCUUGCAAGAAAAAUUCGCUGAUUAUGGCCUAACCUUCUCGAUCGGCGGUAAAAUCUCGUUUGACAUCUUCCCUCAAGGCUGGGACAAGACGUACGCGUUAAGACACGUUGAGCAAGAAGGAUUUGAAGAAAUUCACUUCUUCGGUGACAAAACAUACAAGGGUGGCAACGACUAUGAGAUUUUCUCGGACCCCCGCACUAUUGGCCAUUCUGUGGAUAACCCUGAUGAUACUAUCAGAAUACUGAAGGAGGUUUUCCAAAUUUAA